GUACUACACACAAUCACAUUACCGCCAAAUAAACAGCACAAGUAGACACAUGACAGGCCUGCCAGCUAAUCGUCCCAGCUAGAGUUGCCGGUACAUAGUUGUCAUCAUGUUUGUUGCGCGUAGUAUCGCGGCAGAUCAUAAAGAUCUAAUUCAUGACGUAUCGUAUGAUUUUCACGGCCGGAGGAUGGCGACUUGCUCCAGCGACCAAAGUGUCAAGGUCUGGGACAAAAGUGAGAACGGAGAGUGGCACUGCACAGCCAGCUGGAAGACACACAGUGGAUCAGUGUGGCGAGUGACCUGGGCGCAUCCAGAGUUUGGACAGGUUCUAGCUUCUUGCUCCUUUGACAGAACAGCUGCUGUUUGGGAGGAGAUCGUAGGAGAGUCCAAUGACAAGCAGAGAGGACUGAGCCACUGGAUUAAGAGAACCACGCUAGUGGACAGUAGAACGUCAGUGACCGAUGUGAAGUUUGCUCCUAAACACAUGGGUCUUAUGCUGACCACCUGCUCUGCGGACGGGGUGGUGAGGAUCUACGAGGCUCCCGAUGUGAUGAACCUGAGUCAGUGGUCCCUGCAGCAUGAGAUCUCCUGCAAGCUCAGCUGCAGCUGCAUCUCGUGGAACCCCUCCAGCUCACGUGCCCAUCCUCCCAUGUUUGCUGUGGGGAGUGACGACAGCAACGUAACAUACGGUGGGAAGGUUCAGAUCUACGAGUACAACGAAAACACACGGAAAUAUGCCAAAGCAGAGACACUCAUGACGGUCACUGAUGCGGUUCAUGACAUCGCGUUUGCUCCAAACCUGGGAAGAUCUUUCCACGUGCUCGCCAUUGCAACAAAAGAUGUUCGAAUAUUUAAGCUAGUUCCGAUGAGGAAGGAGAGCACGUCCACAGGACCCACCAAAUUUGAGGUGCAGAUUGUGGCUCAGUUUGACAACCAUAACUCCCAGGUGUGGCGUGUGAGCUGGAAUAUCACCAGCACCCUGCUGGCCUCCUCUGGGGAUGAUGGCUGUGUGCGCCUCUGGAAAGCUAACUACAUGGACAACUGGAAGUGCACCGGCAUCUUGAAGGGAGAUGGAAGCCCACUUACAGGUUCAUCCGGUCAGCCCUCAGCCAUGAGUACUGUGCUGGGUUCCUCUGUUCAGUCUUCCCAGAAUGCGUUGAACGGGAUGUCUGCAGGAAGGAUUGGCAAGAGAGCUCCCUUUGCUCCUCCCCUGCGGCAGCUGACCUCUCCAAAGAUAUACCAGCCACCCGCAUAUUACUAAUGUGUCUUGUGCAUCAGCUCCCACUUGCCCAUAUUUAAAAUGUAAGACUCUGUAACACAUUUCACAAAUGGAUUCUGGGUAUUACUGAUUGAAACUUUAAUUUUUGGCAACAAAUCUGGCAUGAACCUUGCAAAACAUUGAUUCCUUUCUUUUUGUGCUUAAACCUUUUUUUUUUUUUCUUUUUUUUUAAAUGUCACUGUCUUCCCUCUUACCUUUUUAGUGUCUGGACCAAACAUGCAUCCUUCUCCUUUUAAUUUCUCUUUUUUUGCUUCCUUUUAUUUCUUCACCCUCUGUGUAUUCCCUUUGUUGUCUUUUCUUUCCGUCCACGUAUUUGCCGUCUUUGUCUCCUCCUCCUUCUUUUUCUUACUUCAGGUAUUUCUUUCCUCCUCUGGACCCCCCUAGAGCGGGUAUUGUGUAUGGUCAUCUGCUGCCUCCUUCCUCCCUAAUAGAGCACUGUGAUACUGAGCCCAUUCAGCCUCAGCAGCAGCCUCUUCCCCACAGGCUGUCCUCCAGGGC